ACGACGACGACGACGACGACGACGUUGUCGUCGUGGUCGUCGUCGUUGUCGUCGUCGUCGUUGCAUCGUACUGUGCCGUGCAGUUCCGUGCCGCACUGUGACGUGCAUCGUGUGCCGCUCUCGGCUCUUUUACAUGCACGUGCAACGUGAGACGCGGUAUUAGUUUGUGCUCUACGUGCUGCUCUUCCUGGUCUUGCUGUCUCACUCUUUCGUGAUAUGUCGCUCAAUGCGCGUUUGUGUGCGUACGUGUGAUGUAUGUGCCGUGCAUGCGUGUGUAUGGGUGUCGUGCGUGUGUCAUCGACAUGGGAGUUGUUGUUGACAUCAUUUCGGUUUUGGAAAAGACGACGAUCACCAAAGAGGUGUUGGAGGUUACGAGGCUCGGCAAGCAUAUCAACGAGCUCCGUCGAAAGACGGAUAACGAUGCUUUGGCCAGGCGUGCGAAGGAUCUGGUGCGUCGAUGGCGUGACAUGGUUUUACCAUCGGCGCACUCCACACCACAACCUACCCCGGCUGAUACAGCACCGCCAGCUCUCAACGGUGCAAAACCUCACAGUCCGGCCUUGAGGAGUUUGAAACCGCACAGUCCUGCUUUACGCGGACUCAAGCCUCAGAGUCCCUUAUUGAAAGAUGCCACUUCCCUCAGAGUGCUCAGUCCGGCGCUGUCCCUGCACAGUGACCAUUCGAGAUCUCCUAACGCGCCCUUGAACAAGCAGUCAAUUAUAUCGACCAGCAAUCACAGGAUAAGCUCUACCAAUGUGUCACCGGUGUUCGGUUCCUCGAGCCAAAACCAUACAACGGAGGCGGUGCCGCGUACACACAGUUCCAACAAGCGGCUACGAAAAGAGAAUAACAACAAGGACCAACGCCAUUAUUACCAAGCGCCGCUUGAGUUCACGCAGUCGAUGUUCGAAGUCGAGGAGUCCGCUGUCAAGAGACAGCGGCACAACGGCGAGAACACAAGUGGUAGUUUGAAUUUGCAAGUGCCUAGCCCUACACUGAAGGAACGAAUCUCCUCCGAUCGUUUCGCGGAGACCUCGCUCGAAACCGCGAACGAUACGGGCCCGAAGAAACGCGGCCGUAAGAAAGGCAGUAAGUCUGCGAAACGACAGGCGCCGUUGAAGGACUGCGUGAAGGAGAAGCUGGCCAGUAUCUCGAGGAACCCGAAGCUGAAGACUACGCAGGAGUUACUGGCCGAUCUACGUGGAGCCAACUGCAGCAGCAGUGCCGUCGGCGCGAGUGUCCUACCUAGUCAAAGCGGCGUCGCGGAGCCACCCAGUAUGGAGGAUAUUUUGCGAGGCAACAGUAGUGAACAAGUGUCCAAGUAUCUGCGUUGCUCACAGAAGAACUCGAGCCACCGCAAGAGCCCGAUCUCAGAGACAUCGUCCGACUCGAGAGCGCAGGUAUCACGGGGUUACAAGUCUACGGAGAACUGUCGCGAACGUUCGCCAGAGUCGUGUCAGGAGAGAUCGCGCGACGACAGGACGGACGUCGCCGCUGGCUCAUCAACGUGUCGAUCAUCUCCGCGGCGGGAACUUACGGUCGAGGAGAUACUGGCGAAAUUACCACCCCUAGAUCUCAAGUCGAUAGACUGGAGUGAUUGCGAGGCUGCCGAGCUCACAGACGAGCGGAAUGGCGUCGAGUGUUCGCCGCGGCGGGAGCCUACCGUUGAGGAUCUAGAGAGGUUACAAACGCAGUGCGUCGAAGGACUUAAUGGGAACUACCAGGCGAGGCUACCGUCGACCGCGUGUACAAACGACAACGAUGGCGAGCAACGCCUGAUGACAAAUCAAGGGAACGAAGUGUCGGUCGGAUUAUCGAACACGGGUGGUGUAAAAAGUGUAUACAACAACCAGACUGACGGUGCGGAGUUUCAGGAGUGGCAUCAGAUGUUGGCGAGGCCCAGUUACCAGGGCGAGACCCUCCACAUAUUGCCUUAUGUUAUUAUCGAUUAGUAAUUUUAUUAUCUUAUCCUAUUAUUAUUUCCGUUUCUCCACGUGCCCCCCCUCCCCCCUCUGCCUUCCCUUUCCCCUUCUGAAUCGAAUGAAAACUUGUGAAGAAAAUGCCUGCAAAAAUUAUUAAAUCG